AUGGCACCUACAAAUAAUGUGACUGAGUUAAUUAUCAUGGGUCUUUUCCAGGACUCAGAGGUGCAGAGAGCAUGCUUUGUGGUUUUUCUCCCUGUGUACCUGGCCAUGGUGCUGGGCAAUGGCCUCAUCAUUCUGACGGUCAGCGGCAGUGAGAGUCUGCACUCCCCCAUGUACUUCUUCCUCAGCCACCUGUCCCUGGUGGAGAUAGCUUACUUCUCUACUGUCAUCCCUAAAUUCAUCACAGACUUACCUGCCAAGACUAAAACCAUCUCUCUGGAGGGCUGUGUGGUUCAGAUAUUCUUCUUCCACUUCUUUGGUGUGACUGAAACUUUGCUUGUGGUGAUGGCCUAUGACCACUAUGUGGCCAUCUGCAAACCCCUUCAUUAUAAGAACAUUAUGAGCCACCAACUAUGUCAUGUACUGGUGGCUUGUUCCUGGCUUGGGGGCUUUUUUCACUCCAUAAUUCAGAUUCUGAUCAUCAUCCAAUUGUCAUUCUGUGGUACCAAUGUGAUUGACCACUACUUCUGCGAUCUCCAGUCAUUAUUCAAGCUGGCCUACACUGACACCUCUGUGGAGGGUAUUUUUGUCUUGGUCAAUAGUGGAUUAAUUGCUCUGUCCUCUUUCCUCUUAUUGGUGUCCUCCUAUAUCGUCAUCCUGGUCAGCUUGAGGAAGCAUUCUCCAGAGGGGAGGCGCAAAGCCCUCUCCACCUGUGCCUCUCACAUCACGGUGGUCCUCUUGUUCUUUGGACCUGCCAUCUUCCUCUACAUGCGGCCACCCUCCACCUUCACUGAGGACAAGCUGAUGGCCAUGUUCUACAUGGUCCUCACCCCCUUGCUGAACCCCAUCAUAUACACACUUAGAAAUGCAGAGGUGAAAAUAGCCAUAAGGAAGUUAUGGGGCAGAAAGGAAAACUCAGAGAUGGAGCGAAAAUGGAAAGUGAUAAAAAAUGCAUUUCUGCUUAUGUGUUCUUGA